AUGACAGAAAGAAAGGUGUUAGUGCUCGAUAAUGGUGCUAGCACCAUUAAAGCAGGUUAUGCUAUCGUCUCACAACAGCCGAGAAUUGUUCCUAACUGUAGAGUAACACGCGGCAAAGGGGAUAAAAAAACUUAUAUAGGUGAUCAAAUUAGUUCUUGCACUGAUUUUUCUGGAUUAUAUUAUAGAUUGCCCUUUGAAAAAGGGUUUCUUACGAAUUGGGAAGUUGAAAAGGGAGUUUGGGAUAGAAUAUUUUCAAAAGAUAUACUUGAUUGCGAUCCGCAAAAAACCAGCCUUCUUAUUACGGAACCAUGUUUUAAUUUGCCGAAUAUUCAAAGAACAUAUGAUGAAAUGAUUUUCGAAGUAUAUGAAUUUCAAUCAUAUUGCCGAACAAUCGCUCCAUGGUUGUGCAUCCAAAAUGAUACGUCAAGUCUUUAUCCAAAUAGGCCACAAAACCCCGCUGAACCUCCGGAUUGUGUUUUAGUAGUUGACUCCGGCUAUUCUUUUACUCAUAUUGUCCCCUUUGUCAUGGGUCGGCCAAUUCUUCCAGCUAUUCGAAGAAUCAAUAUUGGUGGAAAACUACUGACCAACCAUCUUAAAGAAAUUGUGUCAUUUCGAUAUUGGGAUAUGAUGGAUCAAACUUAUGUUAUGAAUGAAGUUAAAGAAACGUGCUGUUAUGUUUCCCAGAAUUUUUUUGCGGAUCUCGAAACAUGUAGAAAAAAUACACGAGAUAAUCCGAUUCUUCAAGAAUAUGUGCUUCCUGAUUUUUCAAGGAAUACCAAAGGAUACAUUAGGGAAAAAAAACGUGGUGUAGAGUCAUAUGAUCAAUCGGACGAACAAGUUUUAUACAUGAAUAAUGAACGUUUCACUGUACCAGAAAUAUUAUUUAACCCGUCUGACAUCGGCAUGAACCAGGCGGGAAUUCCUGAAGUAAUAGUGGAGGCAAUUAAUGCCACUCAUCCUGACAUGUUUCCUUUUCCUGUAAAUGAUGUAGAUUUGCAUGGUUUGUUUUAUGGAAAUAUCGUAUUAGUAGGUGGAAACAGUUUAUUCGCCGGAUACAAGGAACGAAUUGAAAAAGAUUUACGUGUGCUUGCACCAUCGGAAUUUGAGGUUAAAGUUGGAAUGCCAGAAGAAAAAUUCGCUUCCACGCCAGAGUUUAAUGAAAGAUUAGUUACACGUUCUGAAUACUUGGAAUAUGGAAGCAAUAUUUGUCUUAGAAAAUUUGGAUUAGGUGGUGACGAAAUUGAUGAGAUGUCUGAAUGA